CAAGGACAGGCGCCCAUGGCAUUGCGACUCAGUGGUCAGCUGCUGUUGGGUGUGGUCCGUAUCUAUAGCCGCAAAGCGCGCUAUCUCUUGGAUGAUUGUAACGAGGCUCUUAUUAAAAUCAAGAUGGUAUGUCUUGUCGUUUCAUUUAUUGAUUCGUCUCUUGUUUUCUAAUUACCUAACGGUGUAGGCCUUCCGCCUAACAAAUAACAAUGACUUGACAACCACGGUCGUCGCCCCCGGUGGCAUCACAUUGCCGGACGUCCUCACCGAGUCCGAUUUGUUUAUGAACCUGGACUCUGCUCUUCUCAUCCCGCAAUCGCUCAACUUGGAACCUGAAGGCAAGCGACCAGGAUCUAUGGAUUUUGGAAGCCAACUUCUUCCUGAUACUGGCUUGCGGCGCUCGGCCUCACAAGAGCCUGCGCGCCUCGAAGACCACACGCUGGUUGAUCUGGACCUGGGAGAAGAUGAGACACCACUGGGUCACGAUUUCAGUAUGGAAGUUGGUCGAGAUGCGCCCGCCCCUCGCCCCGUUGAAGAGGAUCUUUUCAGCGAUGGUGGGAAAUUCAACGAUAUCGACAAUUUACAAUUGGACCUAGAUCUUGGCGAAGACGACGCUCCCUUGGACAGAAUGGAUCUUGGCGAUGACGGCUUUCACGAUAACCUCAUGCAAUUGGACGACCCUAUGGACCUCGGCGACGCCGAAGAAGCUGUUCCUGAUGCCGAUGAGCGAUUUGAGCGCGAAAGUACUGUCCUGACCGAUAUGUCGGAAGAACGAGUCAAUAGGCUCCUCGAUUCGGACGAGGAGGCCGCCGCGAACGAAGAGAGAGACGAGGAAGCUGGGGAGGAGACAAUCGCGCAGCACGAACAACGGGCGAAGCGUCGCAAGGUCGUUAUCAUGGGCCUGGACUCGGUAGCCGAUCGCCCCCAGCACGAAAUGAAAGAACAGGCUAAGGACUGCGCGCACAUUAUGAAGCCUUCGUCGUGGCUACCCCGGGACCCCGUGCUUUUGACUUUGAUGAAUAUGCAAAAGAACGGUGAUUUUGUGUCGAGUGUGCUCGGCGGUGACCGGGGACGCGGUUGGGCGCCUGAACUUCGGGACCUGCUUUCUUUCGACACAGUUCAGAAGGCUGGGGAGUUGAAGCGGAAGCGUGACAGUGGAAUCGCAGACAUGGACGUGGAGGCGGCUACCGCCCCAGCUUUGGAACUCGGCGAAGAAGAAACAAUUUUGCCAAUUGACGAGGGUGUGGGUAUGGACUCUACACUCCACCAGCGCUCGGAUAUCGAUUUUCCAGGUGACGAGGAAGACAACCACGCCCCGCACCUGAGUGAAGAUGAAGGAAUGGAUCACACACUGGAGGAAGCCGACGAUGCGAUUGUUCAAGAUAGCGGACCGGUCUCUCUGGGCACGAAGCACGCUGUCCACAUUCUUCGCGAACGCCUUGGAGAAUCUGCUGAGGCGCAGAAGAAGAGCGUCAAGUUCCAGGAAAUCCUGCCCGAGAAGAAGGCCUCCAAGGCGGAUGCCACUAAGAUGUUCUUCGAGGUCCUCGUCCUUGCUACCAAGGAUGCGGUUCAGGUCGAACAACGCCCUGACACUGUCGGUGGUCCUAUCAAGAUCCGUGGCAAGCGGGCUCUCUGGGGCUCAUGGGCCGAGGAGGGAGCCAGCGAAGAGGCGGCUUCGCAGGUAACGCCGGCUACCGCCUAAAUUGUGGGGUAGGAGUGAAUGAGAGUGCUGGCGAGCGCGAGAGAGAGGGAGAGAGAGUGUGUGUGUAUUUGUGGG